UGGCGCAGCUGCGACAUUGAACGACUAAUGACGUGUCUGCUGUGCACCAUAAGAGUCAUUCUUCAUUUAAAUUUGGGGGUGAUUUAAUCCUUCAUGACUUGUCAGAUAAUUUACUUGAAUCCUGGCCGUGUAUAUUUUUAGAUGGCCUUGCCCAGGGUAUAUUGAAUUAAGUUGAAUUUCAAGGCCCUAUUUGAAUUUGCUUGAGUUUGGCUUGAGUCGUUGAGAUUAAUUGAGACAAGGGCCUCUAAAUACACAGGUUGAGAUUGCUGCUACAGUCAAAUAAUUGCUUCUUUGUCAUUUUUCUACUCAGCGCAGUUCUCUGGACCUGUGUUUAUUAUCAUCUUGAUCUGUUCGCCAAGAGUCCAAAAAAGUAUCUGAACAACUCUGGCGGAAGUUAAGAUGGACAACAUUGAAGUCAGUGAGGAUCCUGUUGGCCAGCCUGGACCAGUCAGCAAAUUUUGCACCAGGAUUGGCCAGAGGUACCAGAAGCUGCUGGAUGAUGUCACACCUCACGUCAAAUGGCGCUGGGUGAUCGCAAUCAUUUACAACGUCCUCUUCAUGGCGCGCAUCAUUAUCGGUCAGGGGUGGUAUGUAGUCACCUAUGCCCUGGCGAUUUAUCAUCUAAACUUGCUGCUGGCGUUCCUGUCGCCGAAAAUCGACCCGGGACUGGCCAUGAUGUACGAUGACGAGGAUGGCCCGGCACUUCCAACGCGGUCAACCGACGAAUUCCGACCGUUCGAGCGGCGACUACCCGAGUUCAAAUUCUGGUACAGCGUUAUGAAGGCGACCACCAUCGCGUUCUGCUUCACCGCCUUCCAGGUCUUCAACAUCCCCGUCUUCUGGCCUAUCCUGGUCAUGUAUUUCAUCACGCUCUUCUGCAUCACCAUGAAGCGGCAAAUCAAGCACAUGUUGCGGUACAACUACCUGCCGUUCUCGUGGGGGAAACCCAAGUACGCAGCGGCGCCCACAACGGACACGAUAUAACCGCCCGCCGCCGGAGUAGAAGCGAAGUAACCGCCCGUCACCCGAGCGGACAUUGUAUAACCGCCAGUCGUCAGAGCGGACUCCGGCCGGUGCCGACUCUCACUGCCGAAACGGUACUGGUGACGAGAGCGUGCCAUGGCACAUCCUCUAUGUCGCAGCACUGCGCGGGCUACAUACGCUAAAACUACAGCAAUAGUGUUGUUCUGCCGGCUAGACGCGAUAUGUGCUGGAGUGGCGGCGACUGGACGGUGACGAUACACGUGACGUGAUUCAUCCACACGUCAGACACCCCGGAUGACGUGGCAUCUUGACGUCAGUGGAUCUGACGUGUUGUUACUUCACAUUAGCGAUGUGGCGCACACACAUCAGCGACGUUUGGUGUGAACGUUAGCGAUCGACCUCAGUGAAAGACGACACGCCGAAGGCAAAGCAGCACCUGUGGUGUUGCGAAUGCGACUCACGAGUCCACUCACGGGUGUUACGGCAGUAUUUGUUACUGGCAACUGCGGACAAGGUGUCGCUCAAGUGCCAUUGAUGGGUCGAGUGUGGUGAAAUGAACCACAUGUCCUCUCAGCACUCGCACUCAGUGAUUAUGUGACACUCAUUUUCUCCAUGGGUGACGUGGAGAGGCGUGCUUGUGAGCCUUAGUGCACGCCAUCGUGGACAGAAUGUGAUGCGUGGUCACGCGAGCGGCAGGUCUGUGUCCUGGAUAUGAUGUGGCGUGGUUCCCAAAGCGUCUGUCGACUGUUUCGUGUCUUGUGUCCGUGACCAUCCCUCGCGUGCAAUACGGACUCCCCUAUACAGUCAACUGUCCAUGCGUGUAUGUGUUUGCGUGCGUAUGAGAUGAAUAUUCCCGCAAGUUAUUUUUCUGUGAUCGGUUUUGUUUCGGUAGAAGAACUGAAAAGGCCUGGUUCAGGCCAAUCUGUCACAUUGUUAUCGAACCGGACAUCCGGGCAUCGUUUCCUGUUUUAUCCGCGCAUGUGCAUUCAGCAUUCGGAUGGUUAGUGCGCAUGUUUAUUUUAUUCGAGCUGUGGAGCCGGAGCAUGGCACAGUGGUUCGUUUUAUGAACACGCACGUACUGUGUACGACAUGCGCAAAUGAACACGUUUAUUUCAUCCAGAGGUCACCUACCAGCCAUGCAUUAUCACUAUGCAGUAUGCACCAAUCCACACAGAGCCCUGGAGGCUCGAUAGGCGAGGCAAUACAUGCUGACGAACCUGUUU